AUGAGCCAAAACGAUAGAGAUGUGUGCAAGUCGGACCGAUGCUGUUGCCAACUGAUAUCAAAAUGCGAGAAAAAGCCGACACCUAAACCACGAAAUGCGUGCGGCGGACGCGAGGAACGGACCGACAUGAGUAUAUGCGAUUUCUUAAAAUCGCAACCGACCCCGGAAUGGAUAAGUAGCGGCCGAGGCAAUCGUCCCGAGGCGAAUGAUUCGAAAGACCGACAGCGUGGUCCUUGCGGACAGCCUGCACCUCCGGCAUCGAACUGUUCCAGCAAAAACCGAACAACUACGUAUGCUCAUCGGCCGAAACCCCAACCGGAGUGGGUACGGUCGUCAGAACAGAUCUGCCUGACGAACGACGGUGGAACGCGUCAAUCUCAGCACCGUCAGCGGAGCGAUCAGCGUUCGCAACCAUCGAUCUGCGAAACGGAAGACCGGCAACUGUCGCAGAUCAUCAUUAACUUCGGGACGGUGGUGACCAGCGAAAAACCCAAGCCGGGUGACUCGUGCCAGCAGACCAAUUCGGAAGGCCAGGACGUUCCAUCGGAGAAAAAGCGACGAGCGUGUAGGACUACCGCUCGCCCAUCGCAGGAUUGUUCAAACUGUACACGCGGGCCACCCAAACGUUCGACGUCUACCGGUCCAUCAGAUCGUUCAAGCUGUACACGCGCCCCAGCCGAUCGUCCAAUCCCCACAUGUCCACCGCCCGAACGUUCAAGCUGUAAGCGCGAGCCUGAUCGUUCGACUUCUGCCUGUCCACCACCGGAUUGUUCGAGCUGUACACGAGCCCCAGCCGAUCGUCCUACUCCCACCUGUCCACAGCCUGAACGUUCAAGUUGUACUCGUGCUCCAGCCGAUCGUCCAAUCCCCACAUGUCCGUCACAGCCCGAACGUUCAAGCUGUACACGAGCCCCAGCCGAUCGUCCUACUCCCACCUGUCCACAACCUGAACGUUCAAGUUGUACACGUGCUCCAGCCGAUCGUCCAACCCCCACAUGUCCAUCACAACCUGAACGUUCAAGUUGUACACGUGCUCCGGCCGAUCGUCCAAUCCCCACGUGCCCAUCACAACCUGAACGUUCAAGUUGUACGCGUGCUCCAGCCGAUCGUCCAACAUUCGGUUCACGUGCGCCAGCCAAUCGAUCGACUUCAUCCGGUCCACUGGCCGAUCGGUCGUCCUUUACAGUUCCACAGGCCUCUUCGACAUUCAUACGUCCGUCGGCGGAUAGGCCAAACUUCACUUGUUCACUGGCCGAUCGGUCUGCCGACAAAUUGAUGUCGACCGAUCGGAACAGUCGUUCGACAGGUGCACGAUCUGCGGCUGAUUGGUCGACAUCUACCCGUUCGCCGGCAGAUCGUAUGAACUCCGUACGUCCACCUAACGUCCGUCCACCCAACGUCCGUCCACAUCCUAACGUCCGACCGUACGGGAUGGAAUCGAAUUCGACGGGACGAGGCGCUCACAGUCGACACCAGGAUAACGCUGUCUCAAGUACUCAGCAGACAGCACAUUCUGAAUGGGGGAUGAAGUCAAAGACGACGUCGUGUUAUUGCGAUAACAACAACUCGGACUUCUAG